CUAGAAGAAAAGCAAGGCAGAGUUUUGCAGGUCUGUGUUGUGUCUGUCGGCACACUGCAAGCACAGGAGAAACAGAAUAAUGGAACUAGGCACAAAGGCUAUUUGCAACAUCUUUAAGCCUCUAAUGUAGGUGGAAUUUGGAAACCUAUUAUAGGAAGCCUAAGUCCUCUGUGGAGAGAGACAAGUACCUCAAAUAGGUCUUUCAAGGCACUGUCUUAUAGUUGUGCAAGGUUUUUCCCACAUAGGACUGAGCCUUCUGACAUGGACUGGGUCUGUCUGGUGUCCUUGCCCUUUUGGAUUUUUAAAACACCUCAGAGGACAUCCAAAGUGGAUGAUUAACUUCACAAUGGCAGAACUCGCAGUGGAGAACAAGAGCUGUAUGGACUGGCAAAAGAGAUGCCUUGCACUGGAGUCCCAGCUCUUCAAAUUCCGCUUGCAGGCAAGCAAGAUCCGAGAGCUGUUAGCUGAGAAGAUGCAGGAAUUGGAACAGAGAGUCAUAGAAGCAGAGCAAAGAGCUGAAGAUGCAGAGAAACAGGUCAGAGUUAUGGAGGAGAAGAUAAAACUAGCCAAUGUGAAGACUGAUGAGUCAGACAGCACCCUGCACAGGAAAUAUCAGGAGCUGAUGGGCACGGUACAAGGGAAGGAAGAUCUGAUUAACAGAUUGCAGACACAGCUAGCAAAACAGAAACAGUUGAGAACUGAGGAAGCCAAAAUUGUUCAAGAGAAAGCUGCCAAGAUCAAAGAGUGGGUAACAUUUAAGCUGAGAGAGCUUGAGCUAGAAAAUUACCACCUGAAAAUCUGUAAUCAGAGGCUGACGGAGCAAAUUGAAGCCCUUCAGGAUACAUUGCAAGAUAUGACCGGCAUUCCUCCUUUUGAAUCUCUUUGGAGCUGUAAUUCUCUGAAGUCCAGAACAUCACAGGCCUCUUCUGCUGAGAAGAAAAACCAGAAAUCUGUUGGUUUUGCACCUGGUUUCAGACAGAUGUGUCAGACAGGACCUACCAAACGUAUCCUCUCUACAGCAAACAUAGUCCUUGCCAAUGACACCUUUACUGAGAAUGGAGAGAAUGAAUCUCUGCUUUCCCAGAGCACGCUGAAGCUCAUGUCUGACCCGUCAAGCUGGAAUCUCUCCACAGAGAAAGAUGUCUUCCCAGCCAUAAGUUCUGAACACAGGUUAGGGUACUCUGAUCGCACAUCACUGGACCCUCCAGCUGAGGCCACAAGAGUCCUCGAGUCUCUGACUUUCCAGUCAUCUUUGGAAGGAAACUGUAGCACUGUGAGCACCUUGCAACAAGUGGCUUUGGGCAGCACCUGCUUCUCUGAUGAUCUGAGUGCCAGGUUCCACUCCCACCGACUGGACUCCUCUUCCUCAGGAGAAACAAUGAGCAUGCUUGAGGGCCGUCUCCAGACUGCUGAGCCACCCCUGGUUGUGUCAACAUCAACUGUUACAGCACAUUCCUUCUGUCCAGGGAAGGAAUAUGGCCUGGGCAGUAGUAUGACCUUUCCAAAAAUACGAACUCCCAGUACACCAAGAGACAGUAUCCAGCUAGCCAAGAGACAUCACAGCCAACCACAGCCAGGGACUAGUUCUUUCCAUCGUGUAAUAAGUUUAGAGACUGGCACCUUCCAGCCCAUAACAGACCCUCCAGUCUGUCAUGGGCAAGUGAAAGAGACAGACAUUGAUGAUGAUGAGGUAUUAGAGAAGAUGGAGACAGAACGUGGCCCAGUGAGGGAAGAAAGGACACGUGGAGCGUGUGAGGAAAUCAACCACUCAUCUGCCGGGCAAAGAGAAGCUGCAAGUCCUGAGGCUGGCAUGCUUGACACAGGAGGUAAACCUCCCACACCACCGCUGCACAGAUUCCCAUCGUGGGAGAGUCGAAUCUAUGCUGUGGCCAAGGCUGGCAUGAGGUUGUCUGAAGUGGCCACAGUGAAUGAUACUUCCAGCUGCUUUUCCAGUUUUUCCCGUUCAACUUCCGGACCGUUUACCUCUCUCAUCUACAGAAAUGUCACAGUGCCAGUCUACACUACGCUGAAGGGGAGAGCCACACAGAUCAGCAAUGUGCCAUUCCUAGAUGAGUCUUCAGGUUCCGAUGAUGACUGUGGCUCCCAUGCCAGCUUCAGGACUUCUGCUGCUGGAUCUGAGAACAGGAAAGCUGGUGUGCCGGGCAGCCCUCGUGCAGUGAAGAGAGGUGUAUCUAUGUCCUCACUGAGCUCUGAGAGUGACAAUGCCCAUUCCCCUGAUGCCUACUCCUUGGAUGGUGACUAUUCAGAGCCAGAACAUAAGCUACAGCGAACAUCUUCCUAUUCCACUGAUGGUGGAAUCUGCACUGAACCCAUGGAGAAAUCGGGUUAUUUGCUGAAAAUGGGCAGCCAAGUGAAGAUGUGGAAGAGACGAUGGUUUGUUCUAAGAAACAGACAAAUUAUGUACUACAAGUCUCCGAGUGAUGUUAUCCGCAAACCACAAGGGCAAAUGGAGCUGAAUUCCUCGUGCCAAAUUGUCAGAGGUGAAGGAUCCCAGACAUUCCAGCUCAUGACAGAAAAGAGAACCUACUUUCUGACAGCAGACUCUCCCAAUAUUCUGGAGGAAUGGAUUCAUGUCCUACAGAGUAUCCUGAAAGUGCAAGUGACCAGUCCUGUUGGUGUUCCCCAUAAUGAUGCUAAACCUACUGUCAAGGGUUGGCUCACCAAGGUCAAGCAUGGUCACUCUAAGCUGGUCUGGUGUGCACUGAUUGGAAAAACUUUCUACUACUAUCGAAAUCAUGAAGAUAAGUGUCCCCUAGGGCAUCUGCCUAUGCGUGAGUCCAAAGUGGAAGAAGUGGACCGUUCCUGUGACUCCGAUGAAGAUUAUGAAGCCACUGGUGGAGGACUUCUCUCAUCCCACUGUACACUGGUGAUUCACCCACAGGAUCAGAGUCCCACAUACUUACUCAUUCGCACCAGACAGGAAAAGAAUACCUGGCUGUAUCACCUGACCGUAGCAGCGGGUAGCAGUAAUGCCACAGUUGGCACACAGUAUGAACAACUCAUUGGAAAACUCUUGGACGCAGAGGGAGACCCUAAUUCCCCUCUGUGGAAACAUCCUAUGUUGUGCUACAGUAAAGAUGGGUUGCACACAUCCCUCACCACUCUGCCAUCGGAGGCUCUACAGACUGAAGCUCUGAAACUCUUUAAGUCCUGUCAGCUGUUCAUCAAUGUCCCUGUGGAGGCACCGUCUAUUGAUUACCACGUGUCCCUUGCCCAGACAGCACUGCAGGUCUGCUUGACACAUACUGAGCUGCAGAAUGAAGUCUAUUGUCAGCUCGUUAAACAGACUAACUGCCGACAACCCCAGAACCACUCACUCAUUCAGUGCUGGCAGCUUCUGGCUUUGUGUGCUCCUCUAUUCCUGCCUCAACAUCACUUCCUCUGGUACACCAAACAGCACUUGCAGCGACAUGCAGACCCCAGGACUGAAAUAGGCAAGUAUGCCAUCUACUGCCAGAGAUCAGUAGACCGCACUGUGCAGACUGGUGAGCGGGAAGCCAAGCCCUCCCGGAUGGAGAUUGUGUCUAUCCUGCUGAGAAAUCCCUACCACCACUCGCUCCCCUUCAGCAUCCCAGUGCACUUCAUGAACGGAACCUACCAGGUUGUGGGUUUUGAUGGUUCCUCAACAGUUGAUGAGUUCAUCCAGCGACUGAACCAGGAGACAGGAAUGAGGAAGCCGUCCCACAUGGGGUUUUCUUUGUUCACAGAUGAUCCUUCUGGCAGGAGUUUGGAACAUUGUCUGCAGGGCAACAUGAAGAUCUGUGAUGUCAUUUCUAAAUGGGAACAAGCCUUAAAAGAACUGCAUCCUGGGAAAUAUGAAGGUGGCACGAGAAUUGUGAAGUUGACCUAUAAGAACAGGCUAUAUUUUCGGAGCCAGGCCAAAGGUGAGACAGACCGGGAGCGGUUGUUACUGGCCUUCCAAGUCAGCAAUGAAAUCGCCAAUGGAAGGUUUCCUGUUAAUAAGGAAUUAGCUCUGGAAAUGGCAGCUCUGAUGGCUCAGGUGGAAUAUGGGGAUUUGGAUCGAUCAGGAUCUUCAAGUCCAGGGGGAACAUCUCAAUUGAAAAUGCAGCAUCUUCUCCACCAGGUUUUAGAUAAAUUCUACCCCAAACGUUACAAGCAAAAUAUUACUCCUGAACAGCUCAGGCAACUGGCUGACAGGCUGGCAACAAAAUGGAUGGUGCUGCAGGGAUGCUCUCCACCAGAAUGCAUUCGAAUUUAUUUGACGGUGGCCCGGAAAUGGCCUCAUUUUGGAGCAAAAAUAUUUGCUGCUAAGCCUAUUUCGCCUUCCUCUUUGGAAGACUGUCCAGUCUGGAUAGCUGUGAACGAAGAUGGUAUCAGCAUACUGGAUUAUAAUGCUAUGCACUUGAAGGUCUCUUAUUCAUACUCUUCUGUGCUGACCUUUGGAGGCUGUCGAGAUGACUUCAUGAUUGUAGUCAGCCAAACAAAAGAAAGGAGUUCUGGAAAAAACAGCACUGAAAAACUCCUUUUCACAAUGGCAAUUCCAAAGAUUGUUGAAGCAACACUUCUUAUUGCCAGCUAUAUUAACUACCGUUCAACACCUUCACUCCUAUCUUCUACACAGCCUUCCCAAAGCAAAACACCUGCUAACAGGCUCUGGGAGAUGGAAAGUCGGUGCUUUUUUCCUUCCGUGCCCCGAAGCACUAAGGGGCCCACCCUGCUCUGAGGGCUCAUUCCAAAAGAUUUCGAAGACUUGGGUUUUUUUUUUGUUGUGGUGGGGUUUUUUUUGCACUGCUCUGUACUGAAUUGCAGACUGCUAGCAUUUUGCUGGUUACACACCUUACUUUAAUACAGGAUCUGAUUCUCUUUUCAUAAUCGUAGACGAAGUUCCUUAGCGUGGAUAGAGGCAGUGUCCCUUCUCUUAAAAAAGUAUUCUGAGCACUGUGCAGGAGUUUCCUUUUCCAUGUCACACUCCAUCCAAAAUACCAUGCCUCAGGUCCCCAGUGCUUCAGUCACAUUACAUCUCUCCUUUCUUGCACUUAUUCUUCUUUUGUCUCAUGAUCUUCUUGCUCUGGUUUCAAGCACAAAUGCUUUCUUUGAUAUCUCUCAUUUUCAGCUUUGCACCUGCCUUUGGAUCACUGCACACCCCAUGUCUGGGAACUGAGUCCAGCACUUCACGUUUCCUCAUCAUAACCUCUUUCAGUUGUUAUCAUUAUUUCCAAUAGUCAUCUGUUUGCAUCAGUCCCCAACACGCUCACCUUUUACCUGAAUUAAGACUGCAACCCCUGCAAGGCAGAUUUGAGUGUUAUAUAGGCCUUAAUCUGACUGCAGCGGGCUAAGCUCAAUAAAAACAGGUGGUAAUAGAUACUGUGGCAUUAACCCUGUACAAGGAUGCAUCCUGUUGAAUGCUGCCUGGAUAGGACCUGCAUAUCGCUGUAUCAUAAACUAAAUAUAUACUGAAAAAGCUUUUACCAGAGCAUAAAGACAAACAUGACAGAGUUUGAUCUGGUAGUUUAGACAUAACUUCAACUUUGUGCUCUGGUUAUGAAUAUCAGAGGCCUUCAAAUUCAAUGUUUCCACUCCCAGAACAACCAUUGACACAAUCUUUUGGCAGAGACUAUAAUAGUUUUUAUGCAACUGCUUAACACAACCAAGAUGACAAUUUAAUUUUCCCUAGAGCUAUAAUGGCUCCUCCCUGGAACUGAGGCUAAAACUAUAAGACAAAAUUUCCAAGCCCUUGCUCCAGUUAUGAAAGAAAGAUGACACUUUUGAGAAGAAAGAACAACUAAACUGACAAGAAUAAUCCUGAUGCAAGUCGAGGGCAAUUUCAGACCUGAAACAGGGAGUCUAGAAUUAAAGAGUUCAGUAGUACUCAAGAAUAUUUUCGGCUUUACAUAGAGAUGGAAACCUAGUCUCUGCAUGUUGAGGACUUGGAACAACUGUUCCAGUCCUGGUGUCGGAUGAUGCCUUAGCAUCUACAGGACUGAUGCAUUUUGGGAGUCAACACUGUUCUGUGCCACAGAUGAACAUUAGGUCUCUGCUGCAGGGCUGAACCUCUCACGUGCUCCACUGUCAAAUAAGCACUUUCAAAGAUUCUUUCUGUUAAUCACUGCUGUAGAUGUUUCAGAGUGUGUUUGAAACUCCAUAUAAUGUCACAAAAGAAGACAAGCAAAUUCUGUACUUUUUUUCUGUCUUUCAGCAACUGGAACAGACCUUAAACCCCCAAACCAGCUCUGUCAUUCUGACUUGACAGAAGCAGCUCCUUUCAAACUCCUGCUUCCUUCAUGCUACCAUAGCAAGGAGGAGGUAGACUGAGAAAGUCAAUUUAUUUUGAAAAAACAAAUGAAAAAUAGCAAUGCUCCUUGAAAAAUCUAGAUCUAUCUGGCUUGAUUUCAGCUAUUUUUGAUAAGUAAAAAAGCUAGGGAUGAAUAACUGCACUUUCAUAAGUACCAUGUGCAACUUCAUAAUUAUGCAUUCAUGGGCAACUUUCCCAAAUAAAAACAGUGUGAAUCCAACCAUUAGAAAGAAUUCAGCAAUAGCAAACCAAAGCUAUUUGCAAAUGAACAAACCAACCAUACCAGUGUUUUUACUCACUAGUACCUGCUGCCAAUGUGAUGCAUCCAACUGAUGCACCUAGUGGAGCUGAUACUUCUAGAAGUUUUUGGUUUGUGCUUAUGGUGGGUGCCAAGCCACAAAUUAAGAGAGAAGAGCAUGGGACAGACAAAAAUCCCUCAUCAGCAUCUUUGUGAAAAAAAAAAAAACCCAAACACCACCCACCCCAAACAACCCCGUGCUGGGCUGUGGAAAAAUAUGGCAGAUAUAAGGCAGGAAAAGAUUGUAUUGACACAGACUUGAUUUGCACAUACUGUAAUGUAUCCACUUGUUAUGAAUUUAAGGACCAUCCCUGGAAGUUACAGAAAAGGGUGGAAGCUUUCUGAGCCAAACACAAUUUUGAGAAGGUAUUUAGUGAUUUUUAUUUUUUUUCUUAGAUACUUUCACAUGACUGUAUAUCCUGAUAGAGUGGGCGGUAUUUCCUCUCUCUCACAUGCUCACACAGUGAUCUUCUUACAGAUAGAUCAGUUUGAAUAUAGAGAGCAUUAUUCCUCCUCACUCAGUCACCUGUGCCUAACAAUUCCUCCUGUAUCUGAAGGUCUUUUUGGCACCCUGCUUCUCCUACCUGGUAACAAAGCUGCUUCAGAAUAAGCUGAGCUGUCAUCAGUGCUAGGGAUGCUCAAGGUAUAGAAGUCUCCAAUUCACAGUUCAGAGGCUGUACUUACCUUAUAGGGCUAACGCUCAUGUCCUUAGAGAUUUGUGCCAGGGCAAACAAAAAGCAGAGAUGUCAAAUAAGCAAGAGCUGUCCUGAAGUUCAUUAUUUUCUGCAUAACUGCACAUUAAAUCAAGAAGCAUGGUGGACAGACCUUUUUUUUUCUCUUCCUUAUUUCUUAAAAAUAUUCACUAAUACUUGAGUAUUUCAGGGACCACCCCACUCUGAUGGAUGCACAUAUACCUCCUAUUUAUAGCUUACCUGACUUCAAACAAACAAAAACCCCUAUGCAGAUAUCCAUUUCAUAUGAGUCUUUGGUAGAGAAAAUUUUUAUUUUAAUCAAUACUUUUGGCAAUGACUGUUGCUGUGGUAUAGAAUGAGAUGACAAAAGCCUUUGUUUUUCUAACUGCUGUGUGUGUGUAAAAGGCUUGUCUGCAAGAUACUGUGAGAUUUCUGUUUGUUCUCAAUAAAAUGCGGUCAUGAAUUAAACUGUAGUA